AUGGUCCCUUCAAGACUCCGAGGAUGCUGCGAUAGCUGUACCAGGAGCAAGCUCAAGUGCAGCGGUGAAAGACCCUCGUGCCAAAGAUGCCAGCUACGGGGUCAAGACUGCAUAUACAGCAAAGCUCGGCGUGCUGGGCGUCCACGGGUCAAGCAGAACAAGUCACAUCAUCCACCGAAUACAGUCUCUAUUGGCCAAGAGCCGCCAUUGACUGUAGUCAGCCCUGGAAAUCAUGCCGUCAAUAGAGUUCACAGUUCGGAUAGCGAGCAAUCUCUUCUCCCCACUCGGGAACCCGCCCUGCCUCCCGCAGACUCACACAAUACCGCUUCGUCAAUGCAAGAUGGCUGGAAUCAAGAGCCGGCGGACCCCAGUCUAGAAUUUUGUCAGGCUUCAAACAUCCCCGACAUCGACGACAUGAUGCUGCACGAUCUACUAUGGACCAACACAGAAGGAUUUAAUUCGGUUCCCUCUGGAAACGUGGGACUGGACUGGAAUCGUGGAAACACUUCAUCCAACCGAGCCCCCCCAGGCGCUGAUCUACAGCAUGGCAUGUCUACCGACCGGCCAGCCAGCAAGGCUUCAGCACACCCAGCAGAGCGGUUCCCUGAUACAGUUCAAAAGACGACUCAUUCUAGGCCUCCAUCCACACAAACCCAGGCUGAAAUAAACGCAAUCAUUGCCAGUAUCACAAAUAUUGCUGAACAAUCAACAAUAUCUCAUCAUAUCCGAGAGGAAUUAUGCACAAGCUCGUGGCCACAGUUACUAAGCAAGGCCCAGCUGCUCAUGUCUAUCGCCGGCGUUCAGGGAUCCGAGAGCCCAGCCUCCCUCCGUCUGGAUGCAGUUCUACACGUUGCAUGGGCUGCUGAGCACGUUCAAUGGUGCGUUUCGAGAUGCGCCACUUGCAUGUCUCAGGAAAUGGAGAUAUUUGGCAUACUUGCUUUGAUAUAUGAUUGGAUUGCGAAAUGCAUUGCGUAUGCCCUAGAGGAUUCACUCGCUACUCAAAAUCAUCAGCUUAUCAUCGGGGACUUGGUUCUAACGGGACAUAAAAGCACGAUCAGCAUUCAUGAGUUGAUCAAACAUCGCAUUAUCAGGGCAAGACAUGUGAUGGGGAAUAUAAAAAGUCGCAUUACGAACAUAGGACAACGCGAUCCUGACAAGCUUGAUCGAGCUGUCCAGCUUAUAUUUCAGAGGGUUGACAGUCGAUUAGAAGCCCUGUCGGGAAUGAUGGAACUUUUAGCGAGCGAACAUUACUAUAAACUCCUUUAUCUACCGGAUUCGCGGGGUCAGCUCUUCCAAGUUGCAGCGACCACGCGACCAGUUACACAAUGA